AUGUCAAAUACUCGCGUUACAAUCGACCCCAAUGGUGACACUCUAGUCAUCCUUGCAACCAAGCAGGACCCUCCUCCCUCCAAAGAACCCACCGAACCUGCUGGCACCACUGAAUCGCCGACAUUCAUUGAGAAACAUUUUCUCUGCUCUCAGAAGCACCUGACACUUGCAUCGCGUCGAGCUUCUAAGCUGUUCUUAAGUCCCUUCAAAGAAGCUUCAAAACAAGACGAUGGUCUUUAUCAUUGGAACUUUGGCGAUGUUUUCGAUAUGGAAGCCUUUGAGGUGGUCUUGAAAAUCAUACACGGAAAAACCCGCGGAGUUCCUCAAGAUGCUGACUUAGAUUUUCUAUCAAAAAUCGCUUGUAUUGUUGAUGAUCUGGAGUGCUAUGAUGCACUUUCCUUCUGUACCGAGAAAUGGCUUUCGACAUACGGUGGGUUCUUUCGUCCACUGCCGGAAAAGAUGGAUAAGUCACUGGCACAAUUUAUUCUCGUUUCUUUUGUGUUUGCGCACAAAUAUAUCUUUCGAGAUAGUACAAAACAAGCUGCUCGGUAUACCUGCGAGGGCAUGCCUACUUUUGAUCUACCAAUCCGCGCAGAUAUUCCAAGGCGCAUUGAAGAAAGCAGGAUAGAGGCUCUCCAAUACCUAGUUGGUGGACUAUAUCAGGUUCACGAUGACCUUCUUCAGCGGAAGCUGGGAUGUAGUGAAGGUUGUAGAGCUUUGCUCCUAGGAUCUUUGCUCCAAGUCAUGACAGCAGCCGGCCUGUACCCACGACCCGAAUCUCCCUUUUACUCGCUUAGACUCAACUCGAUUAUCAGUUCUCUGCGCGACAUGCAGCCAUCGAUUUAUUACAGUUCGGUAACAGGGGGCUCUGCAGAAAAGCAUUCGGGUACAUGGCUACUGCAUGAACAGCCCACAUCUCAACAAGCUUCCAAGUCGAAUACUGCUACUACUCAAUCAACUUCAAGACCUUUUGGGUCUGCUUUCUCGGGCUCCACUACCUCCACUACAGCUCAUGGUGGACUCUUUGGUGCUCCUAGAGUUGACCCCGUGCCCACAGGGUUCGGCAAUUCAAAUACCCCCCGAACAACCGGUGGACUUUUUGGUACAAGCACAACACCUCAGCCAACGUUUACCCCCGCAGCUCCUUCUGGAGGACUUUUUGGGGCAAGGACCGUGCCUCAAACAAGCGCUCCGCUUAGUUCAGACCCUGCUAAGAACGAAGAGUUGCCCAAGAAGCUUGUUAAACACAGCUGUUCUCUGAAGAGUUUCAUCGAUCCUCUGUUGCUUGUAGCAGAGAGUAAGAUUCAAGGGCUAAAGUUAGAUGACUUUCCUGAACCCUAG